AUGGCUUUACGCGCUGCGUUGUUUAUUCUCCCCGUGCUUUUAGCCGGCGGAGACGCGGUUUAUAGUCGACAUCGCGAUCGUUUACGUACCGACCCGAGAAUCUUAGAUAGAGCUUGCGAGCUUAGUUCCUGUUAUCCUGCAACUGGAAACUUGCUUAUCGGUCGCGAGAAUAGACUCUUUGCGUCUUCCACAUGCGGAAGCUCCGGACGCGAGCGUUACUGCAUCGUGUCGCAUCUCGAAGAUCGCAAGAAGUGUUUUUGGUGCGAUUCAACAAACAACACGAAUAAUAAUCUAUCACUAAAUCACCGUAUUCAGAAUAUUAUAUACAAAUAUAUUCCCGGUACAAUAAGAAAAUCUUGGUGGCAAUCUGAAAAUGGAAAAGAAAAUGUUACUAUUCAGUUGGAUAUGGAAGCAGAAUUUCAUCUUACACAUUUAAUUAUUCAGUUUAAAACAUUUCGACCGGCAGCCAUGUUAGUGGAGAGGUCAUUUGAUUUUGGUAAAACUUGGCGAGUUUAUCGAUACUUCGCACACAAUUGCGACGAAGCUUUCCCCUCAGUGCCUAAGCACACUCAACGAAACUUAACGGAGGUGGUUUGUGAAUCUCGUUACUCAGGUGUGGCGCCAUCGUCUGAAGGUGAAGUAAUAUUCAGAGUAUUACCUCCAAAUAUACAUGUGACCAAUCCAUACUCUGAAGAAGUUCAAAAUUUAUUGCGAAUGACUAAUUUACGGAUUAAUUUUACAAAACUGCAUACUCUUGGUGAUGACUUACUUGACAAUCGAGCUGAAAUACAGGAGAAGUACUACUAUGCUAUAUAUGAAAUGACUGUUCGAGGUUCUUGUUCCUGUUAUGGUCACGCUUCUAGAUGUUUACCAAUGCCUGGAGUUGAUUCAAAAAACAAUAUGGUACAUGGGCGCUGUGAAUGUACUCACAAUACUCGUGGUCUAAAUUGUGAAUAUUGUGAAGAUUUUUAUAACGACUUACCUUGGCAGCCCGCAGUAGGAAAAACUUCAAAUGCAUGUAAAAGAUGUACUUGUAAUAACCAUGCAAUUACUUGCCAUUUUGAUGCAGCUGUGUACAAUAAAACGGGGAAAGUAAGUGGUGGUGUUUGUGAUAAUUGUCAACAUAAUACUAUGGGUGUAAAUUGUGAACUUUGCAAGCCUACUUUCUUUCGCGAUCCCAGUUUGGAUGUACAAAGUCCCGAUACAUGCAAACCUUGCGAUUGUGACCCAGAUGGAACAACGGACAAAGAAAUUUUAUGUGAAGAUGAAACGGAUUUAGUUAAUAAUAAAACCGCUGGACGUUGUCUUUGCAAAUCUAACAUUGAUGGAGCAAGAUGUGACAGAUGUAAAGAUGGCUAUUGGAACUUUGACCCACAAAAUCCCGAAGGAUGCGAUUCAUGUACAUGUAACCAUCUUGGAACUGUGAACGAGAGAGGAUGCGAUCCGUUAUCUGGUAAUUGUAUCUGUAAGCGUCAUGUUACCGGAAGAAACUGUGAUCAAUGUUUACCUGAAUUUUACGGUUUAUCUGAUGUAGAUGACGGCUGCUUGCCUUGUGAUUGUGAUCUAGGUGGUUCCCUUGAUAGAGACUGUGAUGUUAUAACAGGACAAUGUAAGUGCCGUCCAAACGUAACAGGUCGUCGCUGUGAUCAACCUAUCCAAAACUUUUUCGUUGGAGCACUCGAUUCUAUUAUAUAUGAAGCAGAAUCAAGUCAAUGUGAUUCGCAAAUAGAUGAUAAUGCUAUACAAAGUCAAUUGUGUCAUGUUGUAAUACGUGAAAAUUAUCCAGAUGGCAGAAAAGAAACUUGGACAGGACCUGGUUUUAUGAAAAUACCUGAAAGUAGUACGCUUGUCUUUGUGGUUAAUAAUUUGAAAAGAAGCAUGAACUAUAACGUUCUUAUUAGAUAUGAACCGCAAUCUCAUUUGAAUUGGGAAGAGGCUACCAUAUUGGUUAAAAGGCCUUUACCGAUUGACACAGAGUCGUCCUGUGCUAACGUACGCCCAGAAGAUGAUACUAUUACUACGAAGCUUCCAGCGAAUCAACGCAGUAUUUUAGUUCGACCUCCAAUUUGCUUGGAAAAGAACAAAGAAACCGAAAUUCGUAUUUACUUAGGCAGACAAGAUGGAUACAGCUCAAACAGCAGAGCUUCUGUUUUAAUUGAUUCUAUAGUUCUUAUACCUUCUGUAGAUGAUUUACCGUUUUUAACUAAUGGAAGCUCCAUGCGAGAUGAAUUUGACCGGUAUAACUGUGGUGAUUCGUACUAUUAUGAUCUUAAUAGAGAUAACAUACCCGAAAUUUGCAAAAAAUAUCACGCAAGUAUUGGUUUCUAUAUAAGAAAUGGAUCAGAGUCCUGUCAGUGUGAUCCGUCAGGUUCAAAAAGCCAUCAGUGUGAUCCUUACACAGGCCAUUGCCAAUGUGUUGAAAAUAUUGUUGGCGCAAGGUGUGACCGCUGUGCUCCUGGGACAUACGGAUUUAGCAAGUUUGGCUGUAAACGCUGUGACUGUAAUAGUAUAGGAUCACUUGAUAAUUUUUGCGAUGUUACUAGUGGACAAUGCAAAUGCAGAGCUAAUACUUAUGGUCGAGCUUGUGACUUAUGUCAACCUGGCUAUUUCAAUUUUCCUAACUGUCAACAAUGUGAUUGCAACGGUCAUGCCGUUGAAUGCGAUGACAAAACCGGAGCAUGUAAAGAUUGUAGAGACUAUUCAGAAGGUCAUCGAUGUGAAAGAUGUAUCGAAGGAUAUUAUGGUGAUCCAAGACUUGGUGUCGAUAUAUCUUGUCGACUCUGUCCGUGUCCUGGCGUUAAAGGUAAUCCGAACAAAAAUAGUCACGCAGAUCGAUGUGAAUUAGAUUCCGAAACUAAAGAUGUUGUUUGUGACUGUAAAGAAGGUUAUGCUGGUUCACUGUGCGAUGUUUGUGCCGAUAAUUACUACGGUGAUCCAAUAAAGGGUACAUGUGAAAAAUGUGAAUGCAAUGACAAUAUUGAUACCACAAAGCCUAAUAACUGCGAUCCAUACACAGGAAAAUGUUUACAGUGCUUACAUAACACUGCAGGCGAUCAUUGCGAGAUGUGUGAAGAUGGUUAUUAUGGUAAUGCAACAGAAAAAGCAUGCUAUAAAUGUAAUUGUUCAGUUUUAGGUACCAACUUCACCCAAGGCAAUUGUGAUGGUAUAACAGGACAGUGCCCUUGUUUCAAUAAUGUUAUAGGGAUAAACUGUGAUCAGUGCACUGAAAAUCACUGGAGAAUUGCCUUGGGAACUGGUUGUGAUCCAUGUGAGUGCGAUCCAAUCGGUUCACUUUCACCUCAAUGUAACCCAUAUAUUGGUAAAUGUGAUUGCAAACCUGGCUAUGGCGGCAGGCAAUGUGAUCAAUGUCAAGAAAAUCAUUGGGGUAAUCCUAAUGUUGAAUGCUACGAAUGUGACUGUGACUUGUAUGGUUCUGUUUCUCAGCAAUGUAUGCGUGACAAUGGAUCAUGUAUAUGUAAACCAGGAAUUGGCGGAUAUAAAUGUAACAUGUGUGCUAGAGGCUACCUUGGUGAAGCUCCAGAGUGCUAUGCAUGUGGUGAAUGUUUUGACAGUUGGGAUAAAGUAAUAGAAGAUUUGCGUAUACAAACUGAAUAUGCAAUUGGAAAUGCAAGUAAGAUUAAAGUAGUGGGAGCCACUGGAGCAUAUACUAGAGAUUUUGAAGAGAUGACUAAAAAAUUAUCUGAUGUAGAAAAUUCGUUAGAAAGUGCAAAAUUAGGUCAAACCACAGUUAAGGAGCUAUUAGCAAAUAUAUCAACUUUACAAGAUCAAUUAAAUAACGCAGAUAAGAAAGUAAAGGAUAGUAAUGAUAAUCUUAAUGCAAUUACAUCCAAAAUAAACCUUGGUAAUGUAACUUUGGACGGCUUAAGAAGUAGCAUUGAUUACUUAAAGUCUAAAACACUUGAAUUAGAAAAUAACGCAACGAAAUUACAGGAAGCUAACUUGGAAGGUGCUCUCAAUUUAACACGCGAAGCAAAACAAAGAGCUCUUAAAGCAGCUGAUGAUACUGAAAAUGUACAAAUGUUGAUAGCUAAUACUGACAGACAAAUUAAAAAUACUGACAGACUAAUAGAAAUGCAAUAUGUCAAUUUUAAUAAGACACAAAACGAAAAUGACAAGAAAUUAGAUGAGUUACAGCAGCAACUUUCUGAAUUGGAGGCACAAUUACCAAAAAUAAAUGAAAAUAUGUGUGGCCAAGCAAGUGACACAUGUGACAUAUGUGGAGGAGCUGGAUGUGGGAAAUGUGGUGGUAUCUCAUGUGAUCAAGGUGCUAUUACAAAAGCGGAACAAGCACUAGACUUUGCCAAUAAGACAGAACAUAGAAUUAAAGAUCAUGAAUUAACGGCAGAAGACUUAUUUAGAUCUGUUUCUCAAGUAAAACAAGAUACAGUUGCUGUUCGAUCUAGGGCAAAAGACUUGUUCAAUCGAGCUGGCGAGUUUAAAGCAACAGCUGAAAGAGCUACAAAUGAGAGCCAAGACCUAACUUCUGAAUUAAAAGAGUUUUUGUCUAAAACACAUAAUACUCCUGAAGAAGUCAGACAACUCGCUACUGAAAUUUUAAAUUUAUCCAUUAGCAUUGAACCCAAGGAAAUUACUGAAUUAUCUCAACGCAUUAAUUCCACUGUGUCACAAUUAACUAAUAUAGAAAAUAUUAUAGCUGAAACAAAACCAGAUCUAGACAUAGCAAAAGCGUUAAAACAAAAUGCAACGACUAUUAAUAAAGCUGCUAAUUUAACUUUAGUUAUGGCCAAUAAGGUAUUGGAAGCUUUGGAUGAGGCUCAAAUCGCGCAAGAUGCAGCAGAAGAUGCUAUCGACAAAGCAAACAGUGAUAUUGAAGCCGCUAAAAGUGACUUAACCCCUAUUGCUUUAGAAAGCGAACAGGCCCAAAAGAAAGCGAAUGAAACUAUGGAUGAAGUUGAAGGACUACGGACUCGUUUAUCUGACUUACAGAAAAAUAUAUUAAAAAUUGAAAGUGAUGCAGAGCAAGUUAAACUAGAAGCCAAUGAAGUCGUCAACAAAGCAGAAGGAGCUGAGCAGAAAGCGAGGCAACUCAGGCAAGACUUUAAGCAAACAAAUAUAUCUUUAGCAGACAGGGCAAGCCAAACUUCUAAUUCAAGAGAACGAGCUCAAUUAUUACUUAAUCGAGCCACUAAACUAGCUAGUGAUACGCAGAUGCAAUUGAAACUUUUAGCAAACAUGGAAGAACUGUACAACGACCACAACGAACUAUUAAAUGUUUUAGAAAAAAAAAUUGGUGAACUGAAUACGCAAAUGAAUUAUUAUUUAUCAGAAAUUACUAAGCGUUCUGACUACUAUAGAUCUUGUACCACAUGGCUUUAUUUGGAACCCAUACUCUCUAACGACGAUGGAGAUUUAGGGCUCAAAUUUCGAAAAGUCGACCAAGGUUUUAAACAGGUUACACGGCUUUUGGAAUCAGAUCCCCGCAUCUCAGCUGUAGUACAAUCUGCGAGACUGCAGCCAAUGCUCGAUGCCAUAUCCGAGCAAUUAAACGCAUGCCAGUCAGCAUUAAACCAGUACAUCGACGAUAAACGUUCGAUCUUUCCUAGACUAUAUUUCUUAAGCGACGAUGAUUUACUGGAAUUACUGGGACAAGCGCGAGCUGGUGCUGAAGGGAAAGCGGCGGUGAUGCAGUCUCAUCUUAAAAAGCUUUUCCCGGGCAUAACAGGCGUACAUCUCGGGCCUAGCGAUCUAUCGAUCACCGCGUUAUGUAGUCAUGGGGAAGUAUUUCAGCUUGACCAUCCAGUCGAUAUCGAUUGUUCUGUUGAGUUAUGGCUAAAAAAUUUAGAACAAGAAAUGCGUUCGUCACUCCAGAGCAUGGCAAUAAAAUGCUUAGUUGCAAAUAGCUUUCAAGACCAAGAUCCAUUUUCGUUGCCGACACAAAUACUGUGUCUAUCGCAAAUUAUAAGGUUUACAGAGCAAACGGAGAAAGCUAUAAUAUCCAAGGAGUUGCAUAAAUUAAAAAAUAACAUUGAAAAUGAAAAUUCUUAUUACGCUGAUGUUGAAAUCGAGGAUGAAACGGAAAAGUAUAAGAAACAAGCUCUAAUAUUACAAUGUGCAUUUUAUGAAUCGAUGGUUCAAGAAUUAAUAGAGCACAACGUGGUGACCCUAAAUGAUUGGCACUGGCAAAAACAAUUGAGAUUUUACUCACUAAAUACUAAAGAAAUCGUUAUAAAGAUGGGCCUAGCCGAGAUCUCUUACUCCUAUGAAUACCUCGGUGUAAACACUGGACAAUUUGUACGAACUGAGACUACUGAUGAAAGUUUUCUAAUUUUAACUCAGGCAAUGCACCUCGGCCUCGUAGGAAAUCCAUUUGGACCAGCUGGAACUGGUAAAACAGAAUCAGUGAAAGCUUUAGGGGCUUUGGUAGGACGCCUCGUGCUUGUCUUUAAUUGUGAUGAAGCCAUGGACGCAGAAUGUAUGGGUCGGCUGCUGAGUGGCGUGGCGCAGUGCGGCGCGUGGGGCUGCUUCGACGAGUUCAACCGCCUGUCCGCCGACACGCUGGCGGCCGUCGCGCACCAGCUGGCCGCGCUGCUGGCCGCCGCGCGCGCGCGCGCCGCCGGCGCCGACCCCGUCGCCGUCAUUAACGGGAAACAGGUGGCGGUGUCGGCGUGGUGCGGCGUGGCGGCCACGCUGAACCCGGCGGGGCGCGGCUACGGCGGGCGGCGCGCGCUGCCGCCGGCGCUGCAGCACGCGCUGCGGCCGCUGGCGCUGCGGCCGCCCGCGCGCGCCGCGCUGGCCGCGCGCCUGCUGGCCGCCGCGCCCGGCGCCGCCGCGCGCCGCCUCGCCGCCGACCUGGACGACGUCUUCACUUUGGCGAGCACACUAUUGAGUAAUCAGAGGCAUUACGACUGGGGCCUGCGCGCACUGAAGUCGGCCGUGGGCAGCUGCAGCGCGGCGCUGGGCGCGGCCGCCCCCGCCGCGCCGGCGCAGCGCGCGCUGCUCAGGAAGGUGCUGAGGCUGAAUAAUAUAUCUAAACUCACCGUGUAUGAUGCUGAAAGAUUUGAAAACAUUUUGUCUAUGGUGUUUGCGGAUGUACCGGAGGAAGAGAGUGCGACAGAUCCUGUUUAUUCUUCUUUAAAAUCAGCGGUAACAGAACUCGGCCUCGUACAUAGUGACUUCCAGAUCCAAAAAUGUAUGGAACUCUAUGAACAGUUACAGCAAAGAAUGGGAGUUGCUAUAGUUGGUCCUCCUGGAUCUGGAAAAAGUACUAUAAGAAAACUUUUAAAAACGGCGAUGCAGCAGCGCGGGCGCAGCGUGGCGGAGUGCGUGGUGUCGCCCAAGGCGCAGGCGCGGCGCGCGCUGCUGGGCGGCGCCGGCGUGCUGGCCGCCGCCGCGCUGGCCGCCGCCGCGCAGCCCGCAGAUGUGUGGUCGUGGGUGGUGUGCGACGGGGACGUGGAGCCGGAGUGGGUGGAGGCGCUCAACUCGGUGCUGGACGACAACCGGCUGCUCACGCUGCCGUCGGGCUGGCGCGUGCAGUUCGGAAACAACGUUAACUUCAUCUUCGAAACUCAUUCCCUGGAACAUGCCUCCCCUGCCACUAUAUCGCGUAUGGGCAUUAUAUUGUUCAGUAACGAAAACCACUGCUCAGAAGAAAUAUUAGAAAGUUGGAUUCGUAAAAAAGAGUUUGAUAAUGAAACCGCAAGACUGGCCGCGUCGCUACUACACCAGACUAUAAGGAAAAUCUUACAAUGGAUUAGUUCACACAGAGCUGAUUUGGUCAUACGGGAUUGCCAAAUGUCACUGGUGAAACAAAUAUUAGCCCAAUUUGAGUACAUUGUGGAGGAAGAUAGUUCGAAAACUCCUAUAAGUGCAGAAGACAUAGUUUGGUCGUCUGUUCAACUUAGCAUUAUGGGGUUACUUAAAAAUAAUGCGAUUGACAGCUUCUAUGAUGAGCUACAAAUGCCACAGUUGCCGGCCCCGCCGGCCGGCGCGCGCGCGGAGUGGGCGGAGGCGCUGCAGCUGUCGGCGCGCGUGCGUGCCGCCGCGCCCGCGCUGCGCGCCGCCCUGCGCGCCGCCGCGCCCGCGCUCGUGCUGGGCCCGGACGCUUGCGCUAAGAAUCUUUUGGCUGAAUUUGUUCUGAAGGAAACCAACUCGACAGUAAUAACAAUUGACUGCACUCCUAUUCUGGAACCGUCUGAUAUAAUAGCUGAACUCAAACGAAACAACGCGGUGAGCAGCGGCGGCGGCGGCUGCACGCUGCUGCUGCGCUCGCUGCACCGCGCGCGCGCCGACCGCUGGGGCUCCUCGCUCGUGCACUCCUUCAUAUUACAGUUGGUGCAGCAGGGCGGGUUCUGGGCGCCGGAGGAGGGCGGGCCGCAGUGGCGCGGCGCGCGCGCGCGCGUGCUGGCCACCGCCGCCGCCGCGCCGCGCUCGCCGCGCCUCGCCGCGCUGCUCUACCCUGUUGUGUUACCGGAGCCUGAUGAAAACGAAUUGUUAGAACUGACAAGGAACUAUCUAUCAGAAACGGUUCCUACAAACGUAUCAGAAAAAGAUAUUUUAAAUUUAAGCCACAAUAUAUUAUCUCUAUACAAAGAGGUGACAGAAACCUUCCAUUCUAAGGCGCACUAUAAAUGGAAUCCAUCGCAUCUUAGACUAUGGUGUCAAAAUAUUAAGUGGUAUUCUCCAACUAACUUGGAGGGAGUUAUGACGGCUCUUAACGCAGAGGCAAAUAUACUAUUUAAAGAAAGAUUGGUGACUGAUGACGAGAAAUCUCAAUAUAGCACAAUAGCACAAAAUUAUAUUAAAGUUAAUAAUGACGUGUACUUCAAACCAAAGUUACGUGGCGAUGGAAUAUAUUUGGAAUCAGUUGAAUAUAAAGAAUGGCAUGAGAGUACUGAAAAAUUAAUCAAUCAGUGUUUAAUAGACGAUGAAUAUGCUUUUGGUGACACUGGGAUAGAAGUUUGCAAAGAGUUAUCUGUCUUAUGUCCAACGAUAGCACUUGCGCUGAACGGCGGCGUGGUGACGUGCGCGGCGGCGGCGGGCGCGGGGCGGCGCGCGGCGGCGCGCCUGGCGGCCGCGGCCACGGGCGCGGCGCUCGUGCGCGCCGACCGGCCCGCGCACUUCUGCGCCUGCUUCAAAAAUGUUAUACAUAUUUACUACUCCUUAUACACACCAUUAACCCUAUACUACCACAAAUGCACGGCUCUGACCUCUGCGUGUGAAGGAACGCACACGCUGCUGGUGAUGACGGAGGCGGUCGCCGCCGAGGACUGCCUCGCCUAUGUCCAAGCGUUCUUGAAAGCGGACUCGAUACACUCUCUGCCGUCGAAAAUCGUACCGACCAACUAUGCGCAAAGUGCACAAUCUUUUACUGAAAUGAAACACAAGCUAGGUAUAUUGGUUAUCGUGGACAAAGAGCAAGAGCUGUCGUCGCUGUGGGAGGCGGCGCCGCUGCUGCUGCGGCGCGUGGUGUGGCUGCGGCGCUGGGCGCGCGCCACGCUGCGCGACCUGCCCGCGCGCCGCCUGCGCAGAUUAUCAAAGGAGAAUUCUCAAGAAAUGUCAGAAGAAGAUCUUAAUAGUAUACCAAUAGAAGGAUUCAUUAGUAUAUACGAGAGCUUAGAGACGGAGACGACGCGCGCACCUGUGCGGUAUCUACACUUCAUCAAAACGUACUACAAUAUUUAUAAUUCUAAGAAACAAGCCCUCAUCCAACGACAAGAAACUUUGUCUGCGGGAGUGAAGGCGCUUGAGGGCGCACAAGCGUCAGUGGACGCGCUGCGCCGCGACGCCGCGCAGCAGGAGGCGGAGCUAGCGGAGCAGCGCGCGGCGGCGGCGCGCGCGCUGCAGCAGCUGUCCGCCGCCGCGCGCGCAGACACCGACCGCCGCCAGGAGAUGCACGCGCUCAAGCAGACCAUCGAGACGGAGAAUGAGAAGCUGCAGAUACGCAAAAAAGAAAUCGAGGCAGAGCUAGCAUCAGUGGAACCGGUCAUAGCGGAAGCUCGCGCUGCAGUUGGUGACAUACGGCCUGAGGCUUUGAGUGAGGUGCGUUCCCUCCGCGCGCCGCCGGACGCGGUGCGCGACGUGCUGGAGGGCGUGCUGCGGCUCAUGGGCAUCGCGGACACCUCGUGGCACUCUAUGAAAAGCUUUCUUUCUAAACGUGGCGUUAAGGAAGAUAUUAGAUGCCUAGACGCAAGUGAAAUAAGCCCCGAGGCGGUGCAGUCGGUGGAGCGGCUGCUGGAGCGGCGCGGCGCGUCGUUCGAGCCGGCGGCGGCGCGGCGCGCCAGCGCGGCCUGCGCGCCGCUGGCGGCCUGGGUGCGCGCCAACCUGGCGCACGCGCGCGCGCUGGCCCGCGUGCGCCCGCUGCGCGACCGCCAGCGCGACCUGCUGCGGAACCUCUCGCAAGCGGAGGCGGAAGCGUCGGCCCUGUCCGACGGGCUGGCGUCGGUGGAGGAGCGCGUGGCGGCGCUGCAGGCGGCGCUGGGGCGGCACGCGCGCGACGCCGCCGCGCUGGAGCUGCGCCUGGCCGCCUCCGCCGCCACGCUGCGCGCCGCCGACGACCUGCUGCACGCGCUCCAGCACGAGUACCGCUCCUGGGAGGCAGACUUAAAAAAUAUUUCUCAAGAAAUACUGGAAUUGGGGCAAAGAUCAUUGCUAGCAGCUGGCUAUCUGAUAUAUCUUCCUGAUCUAACCGAGCCACAAGCUAGACAAUAUUUAUCAAAGUGGUGUACAUUAAUUGGCUACGAAGAUACAUCAUUUUCAGUGAUUAAUUUCUUAACAACUCCUGAACAAUUGCUUAAAUGGGAAGCAGAUGGAUUACCAUCGGACCAAUCUGCCAUUAAGAAUGCUGUAUUUAUUGAUCAGUACCUGUCGCGGCGCUGCUCGCUGACGCCGCUGGCGGCGGGCGCGGGCGCGGCGCGCUGGCGGCGCGCGCUGCCCGGCGACGCGCUGCCGCUGCACAGCGAGCGCCUGCACACCGCGCUGCGCUGCGCCGCUAAACUGGGACGCGUUUUGAUAAUAACCGAGGUUGAGUGCAUCGAGGAGUGGUGGUGGAGCCUGCUGCGCGCGGGCGGCGGGCGCGCGCGCGUGGUGCUGCAGGCGCGCCGCGCGCCCGCGCCCGCGCCCGCGCCGCACCACGCCGCGCACCUCGCGCUGCUGCACUUCACGCCGCGGCUGCACGCGCUAGUCGAUCAACUCUUACACUACGCUAUGGAGAAACAAAAUCCUGAAAUGAACGAAAAGUCCAAAGAGAUCAAGCUCACCAAAGCCACUCUACAAAAGCAGCAACAUGAACUUCAAGAAAAUCUCCUGAAAGACUUGUCCAGCAACGGCGACAUACUGCACGACGCGAACCUGCUGGAGUCACUGAAGAAGACGCAGAGCACCAGCGCGACCAUCGGCGAAGCGCUGGCCGCGGCGCAGGCGCUGCAGCGCGAGGCGCACGACGCCGGCGCGCGCUACGCGGCGGGCGCCGGGCGCGCGGCGCGCCUGGCGCUGGCCGUGCAGCGGCUGGCGGCGCGCCACCGGCGCGUGGCGGCGCCGCCCGACGACGUGCGCGACGCCUUCCGGGCCGCCCUCGACAGGACGGAGAACGGGACAGAAACUAUAAACAACGAUGAAAUAGUAAAACACUUCACAAGAAAAAUCAUUGAGCGUGUGCUUCUCAGCCUGCAUAAGAAAGACAAAUAUAUAGUCGUCAUGCAUCUGUUACACUCCGUCUACGAUGAUCUUAUGCCAGACAAGCUUUGGCAAAUUUUUAUAGGAAAUAUAAAUAUCAUAGAGGAUAUGAGUAUUUUAAACGAUAUAAAGAAUAAAUACCAGUGGAUAAAUGAUGACUGUUUAAGAAAAAUUGCACUGAUAAAGAUCCAAGAUGAGGAUUUAUUUCUUCGACUCUCCCUUGAACAAUCUGAUUUAUGGUUAGAUUUCCAAAGCUCGGGGGAUUUGCAUACAAUCAGCAGAUUAAAUUUGAGUCCGUUCGAGGUGAUCUUAGCAGUAGCCGCAUUGCGCCCGGAGAGUUGUUACAGAGCAAUCGUGGCAUUUGUUGAUCAAGUUCUAGGUGGUAGCGUGGUGUCGGCGGAGGCGGUGGGCGCGGCGGCGCGCUGGGCGCGGCGCGCGCGGCCCGCGCUGCUGCUGGCGCCGCACGCCGCCGACGCGCUGGCGGCCACCGCGCGCGCCGCGGGGCGCACGCUCUCCACGGUGGGCAUCGAGGGCGGGCGCGGCGCGUGGGAGGCGGCGCUGGCGCCGGGCGGCUGGCUCGCCGUCGUGGUGGGCGCGUCGCCCUUCACCAAGGACUUGCUCUCUUUUGUAGCCUCGUUGUCUGAGCGCCCGCUGGAAGAAUUAGGGGAUGAUUUUCGUCUAUGGAUAAUGGCAGAGGACCGAGAGAUUCCGUCCACGUUAGCUAAUUCCUGUGUUAACGUUGUUAUUGAACCUCCCGAAGGAGUGAAGCGCAACGCGUGCGCCACGCUGGCGGCGUGGGCGCGCGCCCCCGACGCGCCGCCGCCGCGCGCUCCGCUGCUGGCGCGCCUCGCGCUGCUGCACGCCAUCGCGCAGGAGCGCCGCAACUACAUACCGUUUGGUUGGUCGCGCUACUACGCGUGGGAGUGGGGCGACGUGAGCGCGUGCGCGGCGGCGGCGCGCGCGGCGCGCGACGCGGCGGGCGCGUGCGCGCUGGCUGGCGCGCUGUACGGCGCGCGCGUGGGCGCCGCGCGCGACCGCGACGUGCUGCGCGCGCUGCUGGCGCGCUGUCUGCGCGGCGCCGUGCCCGCGCUCGCCGCGGUGCCGGCCGACGCGCACCUGAAUGACUACAUAACCGCGUUGGAGGCGCUGCCGGACAUGGACACGCCGCAGCUGCUGGAGCUGCCGGCCAACUGCCGCGUGGCGUGGGAGAACAACGCCGCCGAUAACAUCAUUGCGGGGCUACGGGAAUUAAAUAGUGAAACCUGUGUGAAAAGAGAUGACACAACAACGCCACUGAAGAGUAUUCGAUCGCUGUGGAGGAAACUCAUGUCCGGUAGUCCGCUCGUCAAACCAAAUUACCAUAUAGAAAAGCGGCCGGGCGGGUGGUGGGGCGCGCUGUGCGAGGCGGAGGCGCGCGACGCGGCGGCGGCGGCGCGCGCGCUGCACGCCGCGCUGGCCAAGGGGGCGCCCGCGCCCCCCGCGCACCAGGUGCCUGACGAGUGGCAGCUAGUAUGGGCGGGACCCGACACGCCUGAAAUCUACAUAGAAGAAUUCUGUGCACGCGCGCGCGCCGCUCACGACAGGGUGGAGUCCUACGAGUAUACUGACGAUUAUAUGCCUGAAGAGGUGGAUCUGCGUGAGUACCUGCGGCCCGAGCGCGUGCUGGCGGCGCUGCGCGCGGCAGCCGCGCGGCGUCGCGGCUGCGCGCUGCACGACCUCGCGCUCUCCGCCGCCUGGGACUUCACUACUGGUAUA